UUGAUCUAUACACAACCUUUGAUGACGUUUUUCUCAAAACAGAGGAGAAGACGACACACAGCUGAUGAGAACUGUGCCAAAUUUAGAACAGAUAAUUCUUUUGUUCAGAGAGUUUUGGAAAUUGCUGCUGUCUUGAAGGUGGUGGUAUGAGGGAGUUGCUGCAGUGUACGAGUGGUUGUUCGCCAGUAGUCCAAUGAUCAGACAGCCUUCUCCCCAGAAAUCUGAUGGCAAACUGCCAGUAUUUGUGUUUCCAUCAUCAUUGAACUUCUACUCGGAUGAUCAGUCCUCUCACAAGCAGGUGCUAACAUUGUACAACCCCUACGAAUUUCCGCUGAAGUUCAAAGUUUUAUGUACAGCCCCUAGAAAGUACACUGUUGUUGAUUCAGAGGGAACGAUCAGGCCCCACUGCUGUGUAGACAUUGUUGUGCGGCAUUUAGACAUCUGUAUCAACAAUGAAGGAGUGAAAGACAAACUACGCAUUCAAGUCACGGAACAUGGAACAAAGAAGAUUGUUGGUAAGAAGGACAUUGUGGCAGUCCUGCUGCCAAAGAAGGAGACCUCACAGCAGCCGGAGGACAACUUCCAGUCCUUGAGUGGCUCUACUUCAUCCGAGUCUCAGCCUGGUACCCCUAGCAGAGCCAUCAGGCCCGGGGAUAGAGGACAAGGUGGAGGGGGCCCCAGUCUGAUAGUGAUCUUUACUGCUGUGUUCUGUAUUCUGGCCCUGAUGCUGCCCCUCAGCGGUGAGACAGGGAGUCGGCUACCAGAUUAUCUCCAUCUGACAGUGAACCAGAAAAUGAUUGCAGCAUACAUUCUAGGCCUGGUAACCAUGGUGAUUCUACACAUAUGACCAACUGCUAUAUUACGUACAUUUACCUGUAUUACUGAAACUUCAACAGCCGCCUUUGUGUGUUAAAAAAUACAACAUGUAUCUCAAAGAAAUGCCCAGUGUAAUGUAAUUUGUAAUUACAUAUAACUUAGUGUAAUCAGUUUGUUGCACUGUUUCUUGCUUUUCUAUGCCUUCUUUUUACAUAUCAUAAUUUAUUUGGGAUCCUAAGUCAAGCUAGCUGCAACUUGUUGCUUACAGAGGGAGAAAGGAAAAAGGGGCAAGACAUGAAUACCAUGUGAUAAUGGUGUGAAUGUGAUAUGUGUGCUUAUGUGAACUUUUGAUUGAUAUAAAAAAACAUGGUGAUUACCUCAUUUACAUUUUAGUCCUCAUUUCCAUGAUUCAGUGCAGGUUUCAUCAGUUAUGUUUUUACUGUAAUAUACUUAUAUAGUACAUGUACCUGUAUUUGUUUGUAGAUAUGUUAUAGUCUGUAUACAUGCAUGUAACAAGCCAGUUGAAGCCCUUAUUUAUUUUCUAAAUAUAUAUAUUUGAAAAUUCAUCCAAUUGUCCAUUACAUUUCAACAGCAAUAGUUCUUUUUUCAGAUGGAAAGAUUGAGCAUAUUUUUUCUCCACAUUUUGUUGAAACGAUAAAUUUACUGUGUUUAUUUAAUUUUUCAUGUUUAUGAGUAAUUGUGAUUUUAUUUCUUCACUUGAGUAACGUGUAUAACAUUAUGAAGUGUGCAAUAAAAGACUUGAAGUACAUGUA